CCCGUCGGUCAUCGUAGAACCAAAGGCGGAACCAUGGCUGGUUCCUGCCCGCGCUACGUUGAUAGGCUGCAGGCCCUGUCAGUCAACACGGCGGGGGCCGCGACAGUCCUUCCGAUUGGUCAGCUCGGCCGUCGCUCGGCGAUGACGCCACGCGCACGCGCCGUUCUCGUCGGCUCCGCCGCCGCCUCAGCGGCCGUUGCCGAGCGGGCGGAAACGGAAGUGGCUGGUGCGGCGGCGGCGGGAGGGAUGAAACCGGCUCCGGGGCGGCAACGGCUCUUGGCGGCGCUGGUGCUGCUGCUCCUGCCGCUGCCGCUGCGCGGCGCAGGUGUGCGGAGCGGCGCAGAUGCCGAGGAGUCUGUCAUCCCGCUCCGCGAGGGCCAAGCUUACCAUCGUGCAGCUCCUCACCACUUCUGCUACACCAACACGCGUGUCCCGCAAUGGCACGACAUAUGGACGAGGACACAGAUCCGGAUCAACAGCAGCCGGAUGAUCCAAGUCACUCAGGUGGACAGCGAGGAGAAGCUGAAGCAAUUCAACAUGUGGAACAUUGUUUUCUCCUUCCUGAAGGAGAAGCUGAAUGACACUAGCAUCGAUGUGGAUCUCUACAGCAACAAAACCUGCCUGAAAGUCGAGCUGCUGGAGGCUGGCACCACGUACUGCGUCACCCUCUUUCGACGCUUUGACCCUAAGCUAUUCCUGGUUUUCUUCCUGGGCCUGUUCUUGUUCUUCUGCGGGGACGUGCUGAGCAGGAGCCAACUCUUCUACUACUCGGCUGGGAUUAGUUUCGGCUUGCUGACCUCGCUGCUUAUCCUUGUCUAUGUGAUGUCCAAGGUCAUGCCCAAGAAAAGCCAUAUUUACUUGCUGCUGGCAGGAGGCUGGUCCUUUUCCCUGUAUCUUCUUCAGCUGAUCUUCAAGAACCUACAGGAGAUCUGCAAGUCCUACUGGCAGUACCUCCUAGGCUACCUGCUGCUCGUGGGCUUCGUGAGCUUCAGCGUGUGCUACAGGUACGGCCCGCUGGAGAACGAGCGCAGCAUCAACCUCCUCUCCUGGGCCCUGCAGUUCCUGGGCCUGUUGCUGAUGUACACGGGCAUCCAGAUCUAUCCCAUCGCCUUGGCCUUGGUGAUCAUCGCCAUCUGCACCAAGAACCUGGACUACCCCAUGCAGUGGGCCUUUGCUGCCUACAGGAGACUGCAGAGUGCCAGGCUGGGGCCGAGCCCCCCUCGCCUGCUGACGGAGGAGGAGUACCGGGUGCAGGGUGAGGUGGAGACACGCAGGGCCCUCGAGGAGCUUCGAAGCUACUGCAGGAGCCCAGAUUUUUCCGCCUGGACCGCAGUCUCCCGCAUCCAGUCUCCCAAGAGGUUUGCUGACUUUGUGGGGGGCGCCUGUCACAUCACCCCCAACGAGGUCUGUGCCCACGAGCAGGAGUACGGCCUGAGCAGCAUGUUCCUUGAGGACCAGCUCUUUGAGGAGGAUGAUGACAACUCCUUUGAUGGGAACGAUGUCAGUUACUCCUUGACCCACAACCACCUGGAUGCUGAUUGAGGUCAGCUGCCACAGGCCCAGGGAGGCGAGGGGCAGAACCGCUGCUGCUUCCCCGCUGCCCUGACACCUGCAGAGUACAAAGCCCCGUUUUCUGGGGAGAGCUGGUACGUCUGCCUGCCAGCACCCCCGAUCUCGCCCCGAGCUGGCUGCAGCAGAGCCUGGUGGGAGGACAAGGGGGGUUGACACCCUCAUCUUCCCCAGGCAGCUCCUGCCAGGCUAAGGCACGAAAGCUUUUGUCAGCACAGCCCUGAGUGGUGCAGAGGAGAUGCAGGGAGUCGGGCUGGGCUGGGGACCGCAGGGCAGGUGAGGACUGGGCUGCUGACAAGAUGUGGGAUGCUGGUCCUCUCUUGAAGGUGGACUGGAGCCACCUUGGCUUUUGGCGUGGGUGCUUGUGAGCUCCCAGUGCACGAAUUGUAGGGGCAAGGACCUCCUUUGCAGGCCUGGGUGCUGAUCUGGCUGCUGGAAGCACCCUGCCUUGUCCCUCAGCACGGCUAUUGUGGCCAGCAGAUGGGAGCCCCUCUUCCCCACCUGCUGCCUCUGGGCUGCGGGGCACCCCAGUUCUGCCAGGAGCGUCUCUGCCUGCCGAGGUGGGGACGGAGCGAAAGGUCUGUCUUGCAUGCAGAUGCCUGCAAGGGUGACAUGCACAAGAGGAACUUUGGACCUGCGUGCUCAGCAUCUGCCUGCUGCCAGGCUGCCGUGGGGAGGGAGCAGGCAGCAGACGACCUGCUCUUCCUCCUGCUGUUACCAAAGAUGCCAAAGGGCACAGCUGGUUGGACUGUGCCUUUGCCUUGGAUACCAAAAACCCCAGCACAUCCCUCGUGGUGGGACUGGGGCUCAGCUGGCCCUACCGUGUGUGUGUCAUGGAGCUCGGGAGAAGGCAGCUUGGAAGUCUGUUCGGUGCCCCGCGCGCUCGCCCCGCUCCCCCCGGCUGCUGUGUCCUGGCAGAGGCUGUACCCAGCCUCCCUCUUCCCCUGCUUCUGCCUGCCGGGCGCUCCCUGGGCUGAGGAUGAGUGUGGAUGUGCUCCUUCCUCCCCGCUUUGCUGGCACCUCCCAGUCCCUUUGGAGUUGCUACACUCUGCCUCUACCCUGCUGUUACAUGGGGAUGCACCGCGCUCCCUUCGGCGCUGGUGCGGGCAGGGGAGGGGGGGGGGGGUCCCUGCCAGCGUUCCCACUCCCCCCUCACAGGUCCUGGGGAGGGGAUGCCCCGAUCUAUGCAACUUUCCAAGCAAUAAAGCUGCCCUCGGGCAGCCUCGCUGUCCCGGGGGCCGGGGUCCCUGCGGCUAGCACCCACCUCGCCCCUGCCCCUGCCAGAGCUUUUGCCGUUGGUUUGUUUCUGUUCCAGGUUUACUGCCCUGCUCUUGCUGUGCUUCCCUGCCUGCUCUGGUGUGAGCAGCCUCUGUGACUGCAUCCCCUCUGCAUGUUUCAAUGAUUGAUUAUAUUUUUUAAUAAAGAUGUAUUUUGUAGGUAA